AGAAAUCCAGAACAGAAUCUAGAAUUUCAAUAAAUUCACUAAUUGCACGAAGCAACGAUGUUUCUGAUGCCGUCAAGCAACAACAAUCAAGGGUGCACAUCAGGACGAUCCCCAUGCCCCUCAAGCAUCGUCAGGAGAAGACGAAGUUUAUAUAGGUCGUCACACAACACGUCACACGGAGGAGGAAGCCAUGGAUGUGGUAGCUCCCCGUCACCAGCUCGGUGCCCCGCGUCGGUAGCGCUGCUGCUGUGCCUCUGCAUUGCCGACUUGGUUCAGGCCUCCGUGCAAGUGCAACAACAGGUCCAGCAACAACAGCAGUCUAGCGGGGGCCUCUCAGCGGUAGCGUUAGACGGUGAUGGAAGCGACGUUGCAAGCGACGGUGGCAGCGGUGGAGGAGGUGGCAGCGAUGGAGAAGGUGGCAGCGAUGGAGAAACAUGCGCCAAGAAGCACUUGCAGCAAUGCUUGUCACUACUGCAGACACUCAGCACUGAUCACAACCUCGCGUUCGCUGCCGAUGAGGCACAACUCAAUGAAAUGUGCAGGACAAUGCGGUCAGGCCUGCGGUGCGUGAACGAUCACGUGUCGCUCUGCUUUGAACCCAAGCACCGCCAGCGCAUCAAGCAUCUCCUCAUGGGCACCGAGAAGACCGUGCACCUGAUCUGCCACAAGGGACCUCUCAGAGACAAGUACCUGCAACACGCGCCUUGCAUGCGCAACGUAAGCACCGACGCGCAGCUCUGCGGCAGCCACUACCAGGACCUCAUCUCUUCCGUAGAUGUGCGGGACCAUCUGUCCUCCCAGGACACCAUCCGCCAGCAGUGCUGCGCGUUCCACACAUACCUCGCGUGUGUGGGCGUGGCGGCGGAGGGCCGCUGCGGCGCCAGCGCGGGACAGUUCGUCGAGGAGUACAGCUACCGCACGGCCGGCACCAUCAUCCUGACCCGUUGUCGCGGUUACCUGCCAGGGAGCACCAUGUGCAGCAGCGCCGGCCCGCUCAGCUCCUUCGUCCUGUCGCUGCUUCUACUCCCCGUCCUGGCAUGGCGCUCCGGCUAGACAGCGCCUCGAUCCCUUAGCGGCAUCCGGGGCUUUUUUUCGCAAACAACCAGCAGGUAGUAUAUGUAUCGGCGCUCGAGAGUCGGCCAAGUUAGGCUUGUCGCCGGCAUCUUGGUGAACUGCUGCACUUAAUGAUCUGAUUGUUCACCUCUGCUCAUGUUACGGACAGAUCCAUUGAAAGAAACAGGACUGCUUGGAAUCGUUGCCAAAAUGAUGAUGAUAAUGACCGUAUGAUAGGCUUGGUACCCUCCGCCCCCUGGCGGUAGUCCUGCGACCAUGCCACCACAUCGCGACGAGGCGGGCCAGCCCCUAACGUUCCUGCCGUGGGGAUUACUGGUCACGUCGGCUCCUUAUUUCGGGAAUGUCAGUGGGCGUAGAAACAAAGACUACAUAUUCAAAUAUUUACUUAUUUUUUUAGAAACCUAGGGGAUCUUCUAGAAUUAUUGUGUACAAAAUAUUUGUGAAAAUUGUUUUUCGGGGUAAAUCCAUUCAUUCAUAAUUAACAACCUUUAGUUAAACACAGUUUUAACAACCUUUAGUUAAACAAGUUAAACAAAAAUUUAGAUGCAAAGAAAAUUACCUAAAAGUUCACCUUUCCUAUGAGAGAAAACGCUUCUUAGUCCAGCUUCAUCGUCAGUUCAAAAACCUAGAACACCAGUACAAACAAUUAGCAAACUAAAAUUCACAUUGCAGAUAUUGAAACCUGAAUAGUCAAAUGAAAACAAAUAAAAAAGAAGUAAACGUGAGCAGACAAGCCUAUAUAUUUUAAAUUUCGAGGGGAUAUUUACUGUAGGUUGCAUUAUUUAUACUAGGCUUUUGUUGAAAAAUAUACAGCGAGCCGCAGGUCAGAAAAACCGGUCAUUGCGGCUAAAACUCUAAAAUAACUAUCAAACAUCGAGACGUUAAUUGCACUGCUCGGCAUGAAUGCGUACUGCUGAAUGAGGGGGAUGCGCAAACAAGUUUCCUGAUUUAAAACUCCUUCCAUUGUGCAAAGCCAGCCUAGUAUGAAAAUUUCUUGAUGUCGAACCUACAUACGCAGAUGCGCACUGCGCACAACUAUAUUUAUAAAUUAGAGACGAUCGCAUAGGAACAUGGAGUGAGUGUACCUUUAUACUUUUAAAAAUAACUGAUUUUAAAAUAAUACGCCAGCAAUAUCUGAAGAAUUACAUUCGAGAAGUAUUUAGAGAACGAAAUUUUCAAGUCCUUAGCCAUAGUCACCGAAGCGGGACCAAAGUAAAUAAAUUAACAAUAACCAGCAUUCUUUUGUCACAUUCGGAAACAACUUCAAAUAUUGCUCAGACAAAAAUACUUUAAUUUAAGUAUAUACCAAUGGCAACGGAAACCAACUUGGUGAAAAGGUACUACUUAAAAUUCAAAUGCAGAGUGCAUAGAAUGGAAAAUAAUGCAAAUGGGAAAACAGUGGUUUAUUAACGGAAAACAGUGGUUUAUUAACGUUCCUAUUUAACUUGGAACGAAAAGAAAAAAAAAUUUUCACAUAUUGC